AUGGGCGCCGUGAGCAAGUUUCCGUACCCCAAGCACACGUGGUCGCCGGCCGGUGGCUGGUGGAACGAGCCGAAGAACUGGAAGACGCGCACGGGCGUCCUCGUCGGCGUGCUCGGCCUCCUCAUCCACAAGACGACCUACAGCCACCUCCCGGCCACGCAAGAAGAGUAA